AUGGCCGUGUUGUCCAUGCAAUCUGGGUCCAUGCUUAUCGACCGAAACAAGGAUUCCGGGGUUAUAUCGGCGUUAGUGCAAAGACAACUUGGGUCAACACUAAAUCGAUCCAUACGGGGCGUAAGGCAGGGGGAUAUCCAAAAAAUGGUUAUAUCAGUCUGUCGGGAAAGAAGCGGCGGGUCGUGGCGCCUCGGAUUCGCGCAUCCUCGCUUUGCUACGGCUGCCGAAGCUGGAGAUUCUGCACUCCUUUUUCGACAAAGCGAGACGUUUUGCUGCGACGUUCCGCCGUUAUUUUCCCGACAGACUGAUAGGAAUGCCUACGAAGGUUGGCCAAGCCGUUGGAUGGUCGGCCGACGCUCGGCGGAGACUCGGCGGAGACUUAUCUUCCCGGGAGAAUAUCAUAAUGAUCACAAUGUCGCUGCGCAGAUCGUGUCGCAGAAGCGAGAAGCAAUUUGAUUUUGCCGCGACACAAUUCAUUUUCUCGGCGGUGAUACGAUUUUCGACGCGACAGAGCGCCGAUUACUGGCUCAGAUAA